AUGAAUAGAAAUUGCAUGCGGGAGCGGGAAAAGCAUCAAUGUACAGUAGAGAUCCGAACACGUAACGCCCAACAGCCGUUGUCGUCCUGUGAAGAUGAAAAAGACUCCCAACUACCCCUUCACAUUCCCAGCAACAACAACAACAACAACAACAACAACAACGGCAGUAAAACCCAACGCCGAUUAGGGACUAGCAGCACCUCCAUUUCCUUUGAUGAGAGUGUGUGUAGUGAGUCCACAUCCCACCGCAGUCAAACAGCACGAAAACGACGAGGGAAGAGUGAGUGUGCAAGUGAAACGACAUCCGCCUCUGCACGAUCCUCCCGCAUUUCAUGGCGACUACCGCAAAAGGAACAAAAACCCAUUCAAGAAUGGUCCAAAUCACGACCAGACAGCUUUCACCGGGAUGAUCGUGUUUUGUAUACACCCAAGAAGGAGGAACUAUCCGUGAAAACCACAUCCAGUCUAAUCCUUAAUGAUGCCCUUAGUGAAGCACCGUCAGUGACAACAGCCACUUCCACGAGAUUGAGAGGAAGUAGAAGAAAUGUGCUGGUCCGUACCUUUAAUCACGGCAACACUACAGAAACAGCACUAACUAAACAACAACUAGAGAAACAUAUGCGGCGUGCUCAUCAAAACACCUCAUCGGGGAAUACAGCAGUAGUAACAGGUGUAGGGAAUAGUCUGACGACGUGGGAUUGGGAUUUGGCGAAUGGUGAAAAGCGUGGAGGCAGUACAGUUCUCAGUUCUCGUCAACAUCACCAGCAGAAAAAAAAGGACAAGGCGCAAAGCACGAUCCCUACAUCUACAAAGAACAAUCGAGAUGUUACUGCAUCAGCAAAAGGUAAGGAGUCUGAUCAUACCGCAGAAGAAGAAGAAGAACUUAUUGCACGCUUCUACGCUCAACAAAAUGCACAACGUCGAAAGUCUGUAACUAAGGCAGAAACAGAAACACAACCAUCGUCUUCUUCAACAAACGGGGCACUCAGUAUAACUAAUACGCAACAACUAUCCAUUUCAGAUAAUCCACAACAACAACAACAACAACCUGAACUAGAUGCAUCAAUUAAGUCUAGCUAUACAGGUACCCCCCACAACAUCCACGUACAACAAACUUCAACAAUUUCCCCACCUAAUACAAUCAAAAACGAAACGUACACUUUACCAGAUACACCUUCAGAAGCAAAAGCCAUUUCAACACUUGAGGAUUUCAGACAACACGUCAUUCAAAAGAAACAAAAACAAGGAGAAAACAUACAAAACCAUUCGGCAACGAAAACUUUCAAUAAUAAAAUGGAGACCUCCACUACAACUGAACAUCAUACAAGUGGCACUGAAGGACGAGAAAUUGUAAUAAAUAUAGAAGAUGAUUCAAUUACACAACAGCAAGCAAAAAAAGAUGGCGUCGCCAUUGCUGAGGAGGAGGAGUCCCAUCACAGUUCAGUACUGAGUGCUGUGCGGCAGCAGGUGCAUCUGGUUGAGAGCAAGAUGGAACUGAGUGCAGAUGAGCAGCGAGAUCGAGCCGCCAUUGCUGAGGAGGAAGAAUCUAAUCACAGUUCAGUACUGAGUGCUGUGCGGCAGCAGGUGCAUCUGGUUGAGAGCAAGAUGGAACUGAGUGCAGAUGAGCAGCGAGAUCGAGCCGCCAUUGCUGAGGAG